AUGUCUUUUUUAAGUGCUCUUGCUAAACAAUCUAGAGUAUUAUUGAAUCCUGUACUGAGGCAAUGUCCUCAAAGGAAUAUUUUUACUGAUAUUCCAGUUUACUUUAAAUUAACAGACAGUUUGUUUGGUGAACCAUUGAAGAGGAAGAAAAGAUUGGAUCCAUCUGUCAUAAGACACAGAGAGGAACGUAAACGUCGAAAAUUAGAAAAACAUAUUCGGCGAUUAGAAAAGCAUUCUAGAAAGCUAAAACCGAUUUCUGAAUGUCAAGUCCCCUUUAAAUUAAUUGAUGAAUUAAAACAAAGAACUCGUCCGAAGCCAGAACUGACACCCGAAGUAAUCGAAGAACGAACUCUGUUACUAAAAGACUGGUCAAGAUACAAAAUCCGUCAACAUGUGGAAGACGUGAUGACAAUAGAGUCCAUGAUCGCAUCCCAGCACAGAGCUCUCGAGGAGCUUAAAGCUGAGUCGAAAGAUCUUUACGAUGCAGCAAUAGAAUUAGACAUGUCUUUGCUGUCGUUAGAAGUAACAGGACCUACACGCACUCCGCUGAUUCCAAACUACGAUGUGCCAGAUGGAGAUUACUUUGAUAUAUCCAAAAAAUGGGAAGGCGAAUAA